UGUUCAGUAUUCUGUCAAAAUUCGGUCCGGGAAGGUGUCCAUUAGAACGCUCGGGUCGGUCGGUUGUAUAUUUGAGAGUUGUUUUUUUUUUCUGUUUCUUGGAUGAUCCAAGAAAUACCGAAUACCAGUGAGGUGACGAAAAUUUUGGAAAAAAAUACUUCUUGUGCGAAAUAUCGAAUGAAAUUGGUUCCCGUGCUUCAUCUUACUGCGAAGAGUCAGGUGGAGAAACGCCAGAUCCGCCAAAGGAAUUUAUCGUCAUUCCCUCCAUCCAGGAAUUGUGCGUUCCUGGCAAAGUGCAUGUUUGUUUGUAGUGUUAUGGCUUCUAUGGAAAAUAUUGGAUAACAGUGCAUUCUGACCACAAAAGUGUGCCACCCAGUUUGUUUCGUUUAUUGAGACCGAAGGAUACUGCAACUGGCUAUUUGUUGUGUUGUCGAAUAUAUUGUAACUAGAAGAUCUGAAGUGUGUAGUGUAAUAAGAAGAGCAGUGCUAUUCGAAAGCAAAAGAUGAAGUAUUUCAGUAAACAGAUAGCAUAUCUGAUAUUUAUGCUUGUGAGUGCUACUCAAAGUGCGAUAUUCUACAGUCAACCAAUCGAUAAUUUGACUGUAUCCAUAAUCUCAAAUGACUCCCAAAGUAUACCGGAGGCCCCAACACCACAGGAAAAUCCUCCCGGCGGUAGAUCGCUGAACCUUCAGAGCUACAUCUUUUCCGGAGAAACGCCACCCGAUUUGACGCUCGAUGAACGAAUAGAGCUGGAGAAAAUUACAUGGCACUGGUAUCCGUAUCGGCGGAUAAACUACGUAGUGCACGAAGACGGCCAUAAGGUGGAACUACUGUGCGACGAAGGGUCUGCCAUCGAUGAACUUCCGGACGACAUUUUCACGCAGGAACAACGACUGCAGGGAGCGAUUAUACUGCAUUUCAUUGGUGCCAUCUAUUUCUUCACCCUGCUGGCCUAUAUCGUGGGAGAAUACUUCUUGCCGUCGGUGGAAUGCAUUUGCGAAGAUCUGAAAUUGACUCAGGAUGUUGCGGCGGCAACCUUUAUGGCUAUUGCCGGAACGAUCCCGGAGUUUUUCACCAACACGAUCAGUACGUUCAUCGCGGAAUCGGACAUGGGCAUCGGCACCAUCAUGGGCUCGCUUCUGUUCAACACGCUGGGCGUGGCUUGUCUGGCAGGCUUGGCUUGCAAGAAACCGGUGCAACUGGAUUGGUGGCCAAUUACCAGAGACUGCAUCAUGUUUGCGUUCCACAUAAGCGUUCUAGCUGGGUUCGCUUGGGACGGACGAAUCUACUGGUAUGAGGCGAUGGUAUUUGUGAUCUUGUUUUUCACCUACUUCGUAGUAAUGUUCCAAAACAAGCACAUCAUGAAGGUGGCCAAGAAGUAUAUCGAGGUGAAGUGGAACCUCUGUGCACGAGUAAUAAGGGAUAUGGAAGCAACGGAACAGGCCGAAGCGGCAAAUGCAUCAGCAGCAGCGGCAGCAGCAGCGGCCAAUGCAAAUCGGCAUAGUGCGCUGGAAAAGGUGCGGCUUUCUACGGCGUCGAUUUUGUCCGACCAGAUGGCUGAGAAGCCAAUGAAGGUGGGCGAGUUGCAGAUUCCAUCACGUCACGUUCUGCCGGACACGGAGGAAUAUCCACCCAUGACGCUGUGGAAAAUCUCCCGGGAAACGAAACUGCGCACCGUUUGGUGGUUUUACAGUUGGGCGAUUCGUUUUGUGCUGACAUUCACAAUUCCCAACCCGAUUUAUAUGCGCCGCUGGUACCCGCUGACGUUUAUUAUGUGCAUCAUUUUCAUCGGAUUGACGUCCUUCCUCACGUUCUGGAUGAUGUCGAUUAUCGGGUACACUCUUGGAAUUCCGGACUCAGUGAUGGGUCUUACAUUCCUAGCGAUGGGAGGAUGCAUGCCGGAAGCUAUAUCGGCGAUUCUGAUCAUCCGAACUGGAAAUGGUGCUGUUGGCGUGUCGAACGCCCUUGGCGCUAACUCGUUGUCCAUUGUGUUUUCGCUCGGUCUGCCGUGGUUUAUCCGAACGGUGGCCGACGGAGCCAGUACCACCAACGCGUACGUCAUAAUUGCCUCCCAUGGAAUGCAGUACUCCAUCAUUGCGCUUCUGUUCGCCGUGGCUUCACUGUACGUCGUGAUCUACAUUGCCAAGUACAAGCUGAGGAGACGCAUCGGUCUGGCGUUGAUUUUCUGCUACGCGAUUUUGGUAACGUUUAUGUUGCUCAACGAGUUGGAUAUCUUCUUCCCAUCCGGGAACGUAUGUUGAAGGAAGAACCGUCUCGCUCCGGUUGGCAUUUUGCAUCGAAUGUGACUUGGUAGAGUAAGUAGAUCCUGAUCCAGCGUGACCCUGUGCGGUAAAACAUGCUACUCACUCCUCCCGAGACUAUUGGCUAAGUUAAGGCUAACUGUGCUGAUUUGUACAUAAAUUACUCCCGAAUGAAACCAGUAGAGUGCUGAUGUGAUAUUUUUUACAGUGUAUUAAAAUGAUAUUAUGUUGAUGAAACAUACAAAAUGUUCGUAGUGACCGCCCGCCAUAGUAGUUCGCUAUCAGUGUUAUAAGCGCAUAAUAGCAAUGGAAAGUUAUCGGGUUUCUGCGGUUAGUGAUUUAAGUUUGUAAAAGUGUUGAUUGAUGUAAGAUACCUUCUAAUUCCUAACAGAUCAUAUGGCAGGCCAAUUGUGACAGUAAACGUACAUAAAUGCAAUUAGCAAAUGUAACAAUUUGAUGUAAUAAAAAAUAUGAUUGCUUGAGCAAACAUCAUUCCUCAGUAAAAUUCAUC